GCUACGUUAAAUAUUUGUGCACUGCUUUAGCUGUGUGUGUGUGUGGAUUAGCCGUAUGUGUGUGUAGUCUGACCGAGAAAUUUCAACUAAGGCAACGGGAGCGUUUUAUGUGACUGCAUUUCAUUGAAACGAACUUCAAACUGUCACUGACAACAACAACAACAAGUUCUUAUGCAAAUAAAUAAAUAAACAGUGCUGGUGUUUAAUAUUGUGUAUUAGUGUCAGUGUGUGCGUGUGUGUGUGGUAUACAAUGGGCAAGAAAAUGGUCAGCGAGGAAAUGGCCACAGAUGCCAGCCACACGGAGAAAAUCGAAUUGUCGCGCUUUGGUGAAUUUUGCCAGCGACGCGGCAUAAAUCCCAAUUUGAUUAUGCUCAAGAUAACGCUGUUUGUCAUGUACGGUGCCACUUCAUCACUGUUGCCCUAUUUGACGAUACACAUGCAAUCGAUUGGAUUGACAGUGGAAGAAAUUGCGAUUAUCUAUUUGGCAUUGCCAUUUACGACAUUCCUCAGUCCUCCAAUUACAGGUUUUCUCGUUGACAAAUUUGGCAAAUAUAAACCGGUCGUUGUGAUGAGUCUGUUGCUGAAUGCGAUUUUCCAUCACUCGCUGCUCUUCAUACCACAACAGGAGAUACCGGGCGUGGUGCCAUCGGCAUUUGUGCUGCGUCAUCCGGAUAGCGGCGACAUUGAGGUCUGGUGGUCACCGUGUCCCAGUCGCGAGUGCCCUGAGGAGCCGGAGCUAGAUUUGGCUGUGCAUCAGUGCGUCGACUAUUGUCUCAUGCAGGAGCAGGCCAACCCACAGCUGUAUAGCGAUUUGCCGGCAUAUGACAGAAGCACAACAAUGCGAACAACAACAACAACAACGACGACGACGGCGACAUCAGUUUUUGGCGAUGCAACGACAGCAGCUGGAACAACAAGCAGCUCGACAACGACCACAUCGCCCGCAUCAUCAUUACCAGCAUUAUUCGCCACGCAGACAAGAAGCAGAUACCAAGAUGUACUUAAUAUGUCAGCGACCAUGUUCCCAUCACUGGACAACGUAUCGCCAAUGUCUUUGCAAACAGGCGGUGGCGCCGCCUCAGCUGAAUUGCCAGCCAUGUCCAUGCAGGGAUUGAAUCUUUCCACAGGCGAUGGCUCAACGGAUAAACAAAAGGCAAGCAGCAGUUGGGUGCACUCGGACAAUGGGGAUGGCACAUACUUUAUGCUGCAGAUGCAUCCCGAUCUGGCGGAUCCAACCGAGCAGCUGGGCAUGGAAAUUGAACAGGACGACAAUGAAACAGUGACGGAUAUCAGACAACGCUUUGGCGAGGAGCGUUUGAUUAAAAUGCAAAUCAAUCUCACGGACAUGGAUGAUUUGGAUCUGCGUUGCGGUGGCCUGGUCCGACGCACCAAUAUAUCCUAUGUGGGCAACAGCAAGGCGGUGAAGUGCAUGAUGCAGCGCUGCACGUUUACGCUAAACGCGCCCGAGAUAUGUCCGCCGGACUAUAAGGAGACGGACGAUACCAUUUUUUGGAUUUACUUCUUGCUGCGUUUUCUGGCUACUACUAUGCUGUCGGCUGGCGUUACCAUAAUGGAUCCCAUAGCGUUGACCAUGAUUGAGAAGUUCGGCGGCGACUUUGGACGCGAGCGCUUGUUCUCCAGCAUAGGCAUGGCCAUAUUCUCACCCAUCACGGGCAUCAUGAUAGACUAUUCGUCACGUGGCCUGGGCUACACGGAUUACUCGGCGGCGUUCUACACGUACGAUGUGCUGCUGGUGAUAUCGACAAUGUCCGUGCUAAUGAUGCCAUUGGGCGAGAAAUUGCCGGCGGACAAUGUGUUCAGGGACUUGUGGAAUCUAUUGAAAAUGCCGCACGUGAUUGCGUUCAUUAUAUUUCUGUUUGUGCUCGGCAAUUUCUGGGGCUUUAUCGAAAGCUUUCUAUUCCUGUAUCUCAAGGAACUGGGCGCACCCAACUAUCUGCUCGGCAUUACGAUUACCGUCGGCACCGUCAGCAGCAUUCCCUUUCUCUAUGGCGCCGAGAAAAUCACACGCAUCUUUGGCCACGUUAAUUUGAUUAUCAUCGCAUUCUUCUCGCAUGCCGGACGACUUGUGGGCUAUUCCUUUAUCGAAAAUGCCUGGUGGUGCUUUCCAUUCGAGGCAAUGGAGUCGCUAUCUUGUCAUCUAAUGUGGGUGGCCGCCGCCACCUACUGCUCCAUACUGGCGCCCAAAAGUCUGCUCGCCACGCUCAUUGGUGUCCUGGGCAUGGCUCACUUCAGUUUGGGACGUGGCAGUGGGAGCUUUACGGGUGGCUUGCUCAUUGGACAGUUUGGCACACGCGACGCCUUUCGCUAUAUGGGACUGCUGGCGGUGGUGGGCGGCAUUGCUUAUGGGCUGUUGCAUUUGAUUUGGCUGCGUAAGUUCGAUCACACCACCGAGGAGUCGGAGGAGGAAAUUGAGGCGGCGGAAACGGGUGAGACGGAGAAGUUGACGGAGCCUGCGACCAAGGAGCAGGGCACAUCCAUGUCGCUGGAACGUCUGAGUCUCAUGAUCAAAUACAAUCAGAUUGGCAGCCUGUCCUCGUUGCCGCGUGGCUCGCGGGCGGAUAUACAUGACCAUUUGUCGGUGCGUCGCAGCAGCUAUAAUGUGGAAUCGUUGCGUGGUGUGCAUGGCAAGCAUGGGAAUAUUGGUAGCAGUGCCUCCAAGGUGGACAUACUGCGUUCGGCGCUGGAAAUUAAUCACAAAUCGUCAAACAACUCGAUGCUGAGCAAAGCCGAUAACAAAACGUCAAAUCAAUCACUGGGUCGCAAUCGGGCCGACAGUGCGCCCAAAUUGAAUCACACCAACCUAAAGAAUAUCUCACAGCCCGCUCUCGAGGGUGUUGUAUUGGAGGGCGUGGAGUCAACAUUUUUUCCGAGCCGCAUGAAAAAGUAUCCGAGUGGUUUGUUAACUUCAAUACCCGCUGUGGAUUUAACCGUAAUACCCAGCUCCUUGUUAAUGGAUCAGGAGGGGCCCAAGGUUAUACCCGAGGAAACAGAGUUGCAUGCAUCAAAGACAAUUGUCUCGCCGCUCGCCGUGGAAGAGGCAGCAACCACCGCUGUUGCUGCUGAGCCAGCAACACAAACGCCGUCGCCUCCGAAUGCCAAUGGCAAUGGCAAGGCGAAACUGCAGAGCGAGGACAAUUGAUGCCACGAGACAUAAUCGCGGGCUUGUGUGGCGUAUGAGUGAUAUUACCAAAGCAAAUGAAAUUACACAGCAGUAUGAAUGUAGGCAACGUCGAUUGAUAUAAAUAUAUAUAUUAUGUAUUGGAUACAAACCGUUAGUUGUAAAUGUGUGUUAUAUAUGUUA